AUGACUUGCUUCAAGGACAGGGCAUUUGGUGGAAAAUCCUCAGAUUCAUUACUAGGACAUACACUAGUUUUGUUACAAUAUGAUUGGCCUAACCAUGCGACAUUAUUCUCACAAAUUAUCAAGAAGAUUCAGAAACAAGGCAGCUUUAGCUUUAAUCUCUUCUUUAAUUAUAUCAUCAAUGUUGACAUUUUGGAAGAAUUCUCGUUCAUUAAGACACAAGAGGGAGGUAAAAUUCAUCUGGAUAUCUUACCCAUCAGUACAUCUGCCAUAGCACAACAAAGAACUGUGACUCGAGGGGUGAACAAGGGAGUUACAGAAGAUUUUAAGCAGAUGAUGGAAAAACAGAUCAAAAGAAGUGAAGAAAACCAUGAAGAACUUAUCAGACAAUUUCUUAAAGAUGAAAGAACAUUAUUACUAUCUGCUCUAGUGUGAAAAAUACAACCUUGAAAGCUAAAUGAUACAAGUUUUUAAGGAUAUUUUUCAAAACUUGAACCUUUUGGGGGG